GUGGAGGAGGAGCGGCUGGGGCUCAUGGCAACAGUGGCGCAGCAAGCCAUGGGGAAACGGAUCCCAUGGGUUUGCUGGCAAAGGGGAUACAGCAGCUUCAGCAACUUCAUUUACGACGAGAUGGACCGGAACCCGAGAUGCGAGCUCGGUGCUUUUCUGGAGUGGAUCUACGAGACGGGCCAGGUGGUGGGAUCGAUUACGGACAAGGCGAGUUCCUGGUGGACAUCGACCCUGGACUCAGUUAUGGAGGCCUACCACCGGUACCAGAUGGAGACUCCAUUGAAGCGUUUGGAGGUGAGGCCGGGACCAACACCCGGUGUGGACGUGGAGCGAUGGGCUCGAUUGGACAAGAGAGUGUUGGCUUUGUUAAUGCCGGCGAUGACGGCGACGAUCAAGCAGGAGGUCCUCAUGCUGAGGCUGGAAACGACCAAGGAGGUUCUCUUCAAGCUCUACACAGUCUACGCUCCGGGCGGAGCGGCAGAACGGGCCAGCCUACUUCGCCAGCUGGAAACAAUCCCUACUACCACCUCUGUCAUCGACCUCAUAGCCAACAUGCGAAGAUGGAAGAAACUUGCAAGCCGGGCGGCGGAGAUGGGCGUGGCUCUCCCGGAUGGCUCCGUUCUCUUGAUGGCGAUCGAGGCGGCAGUGAAGGGAGUCGUUGACGUGAACCGGGACAUGGCCUUCAAGCUGAACAUGGCUAAGCAAGAAUUGCAGUUGCCCUACCAGCCGACGCUGAGCGCUGUGAUGGUGUAUGCGGACCAUGUGAUGGCGGAACUGCACCAGAUUAUCCCGUACACCAACAAGGACGCGAAGCUGAAGGGCUUAUCUACGACACCCUCAUCCCCAACCUCAAGCGCAGCCUCGCCGAAGGGGAAGGGCAAUGGGCAACCUCAGCCGUGCAAGUUCUGGUUGUCCGAUGAUGGGUGCAGACGGGGAGCCUCCUGCAAGUUCUCCCACCAGUUCGCUACCAAGGAGGACAAGAAGGCCAGAUGCUGGACAUGCGGGUCGAAGAACCACCGACAAGGCGAAUGCCCCACAAAGCAGAACAACGGCAAGAAGGGACCAAAGGGCGGGGGAAGCCAAGGUGACGCGGCAGCAACUACUUCUUCUACGGCUGCUCCGCAAGUGGCUUCUAUGGCAACCUCAGGCACUACGACGACCAUGAUGGCACCGCCGGUCCCGACAAUGAUCUCUGGAGAGACAGCUUCCACCUCAGCGUCCUCGACCUUGGAGCACCCGAUGGCAUCUGGGCAGACCACCUCGUCGAGCGAGCCUUCGUCUACUGCCUCCACCAUCCUCUUCAACGAGAAUGCGAACACUGGGGAGAUUAGGGAGCUGGCCGAGCAGUUCUUGGCGAAGAUCAAGAGGCUGGCCCCGAUGCAGGCGCAGACGGACGGAGCUGUGAUGGACUUGGAGUUGCUCCUGAGGAGGGUCAAGGUCCAGCUCGCCGACGGCAAGACGGUUUCCCUUCGCCAGAACACCGGUGGGACUCUUCUUGCUGAGGAUGAUCAAGGAGGCACGAUACUGCCGUUGGGAAGUUUGGUGAGUUCCUUGGGUUGCGAACUUGAGUGGAGCAGGAAACGGGGACUACAAGUCCGGCAUCCUAAGCACGGCUUGCUGCCAACGAAGCUGGUGGGCAAUACUCCGGUGCUCCGUGAGGCCGAAGCCUUACAGUUGAUUGCAGACCUGGAGGACAUUGAGCUGAAUAAGCUACAUGGGUCUACCGUUGAAGGGGCGAUCAAGAUGCUGAGCGCGGACGAGUACCCCAGCACGUGGCUGGACCAUUUGGAGGAGUACGUCAACAAGGGCGAGCGGAAGUGCCUGAGGCGAAUGCUCUUGGAUGAAGAGUCGCCCUUGCAGGCGUUUACGGAGGAGGACAUUGCUGCCCUAAUUGGCCACGACGAGAAGAUCCUGCUGUCAGAUGAGGCGGGGGCUCACUACCUGAAGGCGCUCCCCUACAACCGAGCCCACCGUAAGAGACUGUUGGCGACCAGGUGGAUUGUCCACAUGUACAAUGGAGAUGAAAGUGGACACGAGCUUGCAAAGGCCGAGUCGGACGAUGUGACGGUGAUCCGUAUGGAUAUCAGGGACUCGAAGGCCUUUGACCUCAAGAACUACGGUCCUGCAGCUCGAGCGUUGAUGUGGGCAGCGGCACGGGGGCAAAUUGAAGGUGUAAUUGGAGCACCGCCUCGAGGACCACAACAUGAUUCGCUGCUCUUCAGAAGAAUGAUGAUGGUGUGGUUGGUGGCGAACUCGGGUGCCGUUCUCAAUGGGCUAUGUGCACCGUUCUUCAACAUGGAGGCCCCAACGUACCACCCGGUAUGGACAAGCAUGUCCUGGUUUCGUUUCAAGGAUGAGUUGCGCUUCCUUAAGUACCAUUCGCUUGGAGUACAGGGACACAUGUACUUCAUGGCGUCCUCUUUGGAGUUGUCUGAUGGGAUGAACAUUGAGGAGGCCCAUAUCCGGGACUUGAAUUACGAGAAGCCUCCAUCGAGCUGGCCGUCUGCGCUGAAGUAUGGCCUGGCCCAAGCAAUGGUGAACUGGAGGCGCAGCGCCUUACGAUGGGCUGAGCCGUCUCUAUGUGCUAUGGUUGGCAAUCGAAACCUCAAUGCUAAGGACCUGGCAUACUGGCAGAACCACAUCAACAACAACCACGUUCCCUACGACAAGAGGUGCCGCACAUGUGUGCGAGGAUCUGCGACCGGACGGGCCCACCGGCGGUGCCUUACACCGUCGGCGUACACGUUGUCCAUGGACAUUUGCGGACCUAUGAGGACUCGUGGAGAAUCACCGGACGGCAAGAAGUUCAGGUACCUCUUGGUGGGAGCCUAUGCCCAUCCCAAGCUGGAGCUCCUCAAGGAUAAAUCUCUGCCACCAGUUGAGGAGGAGGACGAGAUUGAAGCCGAGCUGGAUCCACUUGAAGAGGAUGAGAAGGUUCCGCAACCAGAUGAGGAGGAGGACGAGGAGCAGAAGGCUAUGAACGAGAGAUGCAAGGAGAUUUACAAGGGCAUUGGCGAUGACAUUGAGUGUCAGACCUUGCAUUUUGUGGUGCCUGUGGUGACAAGGACAUCCAAGCAAGUCCGUGCGAAGAUCCAGCAGAUCUACUUGCAGCUGCGGCAACAUGGCCUUCCUUUGGUCCGCAUACACUCUGACCGAGGGCUGGAGCUCAAGGCCAAGGAGACGCGAGCAUGGAUGGCGGACCGGGACAUCCUGGCAACCACUGGGGAGAGCCAGCAGCCCCAACAGAACGGCAGGGCUGAAGCCUUGGUCCGGGAGAUCAAGCGCCGGGUCAAGGUGAGACAGCGGGACUUGGCCCUGGGGAACUACGAGGACGAGGACCUUCCGUAUGGGACCUUUGUGGGGUAUUCCCAUGAUGUGAAGAAUGGACGAGUGGUGCGACAUGAUGAUGGAAGCUACACCACCUCAGUUCACAUCAAGCCCUACUUGUUCGACCCAGGGGAGAUUGCCGACCUUGGACCCCAUGAGCUCGAGCUACCCGUACCAGAACGACGUGUGAGGGGAAAGGCUACAAUCUCUCAGCUCUUGCAGGAGCCUGACAACGACAUUGACUCCUUCGCCAAGGACUACAUCAACAACGAGAAGUUUGCUUUGGAGGAUGUGGUCAAUUUCUGGGAGGUCCUGAAGGACAAGGCGGGAUCAACAACCAGAGCAGCUCAAGGGGAAGGACUUCAAUGGAUGGUGGGACAGUAUACCUACGGUGGAAAGUGUGGGGUGAUGAGGAAUACGAGCCUAUACCCCAUUGCGACGUCCUACUUGGUGGAAGCUUUCAAGAGGCUGACGGGAAGGACGGACUUCACAGCUUUGUUGCUUACCGAGAAUGUGGGAAUGAAGUGCCACCGAGACGUUCACAACCACGGCCAGCGAAACAAUCUUUUACUUCCUCUACUACAAUGUGAUGAGGGUGGUGGUGUUUGGGUUGAGUCACCUUCCAGCGAGUAUGACCUCACAGAUGAGUGGAAGGAGACACCAAAGGGAGGUUGGAGACGGGGUCGCGUACGUGAACUACGGCCUGGACACCUCAUCUACAUCAACCCAAGAAUGUAUCAUGCCACGGAACCCUGGGAAGGAAGAAGAUUGGUUGUGACCGCCUACACCCCACGAACCUCCAAGAUGACCCAGCCAACGUACGACCUCUUGCGGGACUAUGGCUUUGAACCUCCUCCACUACAACCUCAUGUGCCCGAUGAGCUCAAGAAGGUGUUCCUCAGGAUGAUGGCCCUGGAUGAAACGACGGAGCCCGAGGCCGUGAUGUUCUUGGUCAAUGAGGCGGAAGAAGAAAAGAGGUCAAAGACCAAGGCUAUUAGCCAAGAACUUCAGCAACUACAAGAGGAUGUAUUGGAAAGGCUGAGGGAGCGACGUGAGUGGCUCAAGGAGUUCCUAGCCGAGGAGGAGAUCCUGGCGGAGGAGUUUCAAAACGUUGGUGAGGCGAUCCACGACGAGAUCAAGGGCAUCAAUGAUGUUGUGCGCGACCUGAUCUCUGAUGUUGAGGAACAAAUCAAGGCGGCGGAAAAGAAGUGCAACCAGCUGUUCAUCAAGGUCGCCAAUGUGGAUGAUGACAAGGAGAUCGGGGACAUCGAAGAGUACUUGUCCAACCUCAAAAAGGAUCUUGAGGUGACCCUGGAUGUUCCCCUCGACCAGGUGAAGGCCAAUUUGGAUCAAUGGGUUGCUCCGAUGAAGGCCGAGCUUGCGAACCUCGAAGAGAAGACGGACGCCAUUGAGCGGUGGCCGAUAUCAGAAGCCCGACGCCUGGAGCAGGAGGGAAAGUUGAUCCUGAUUCCAGGGAAAGUUGUAUGUACGGUCAAGCCACCGCCUCCAUUGAGUUCGUCACCUGCCAAGAACCAGCUUCCGAGGUGGAAACGCAAAGCCAGAGUGGUGAUCUGUGGAAACAUGGCUGGCCAAUGGCACGACCCGAACGACCUCUUCGCAGCAGGAGCUAGUGUCGAAGGUUUGAGGCUGGCUCUCGCCAUCGCGGUUGCUAUGUCAUGGUGUAUAGCCUCUACGGAUGUAUCUGCGGCUUUUCUGCAGGCGAGAUGGCCUGCCGAUCGACCCACCUAUGGGGUCAUUCCGCCAAAGAUUCUUCUGCAAGCUGGUUUGGUGGAACCUGGCGUGGUGUUUAUCGUCAAGAGGGCCUUGUAUGGUUUGAGGGAAAGCCCUGCACUGUGGGCAGCCCACAGAACCGAGACCCUCCGAGGACUUUCAGUGGAGAGUCCGGAAGGACGCGUCUACUUGAAGCAAAUGAUCACUGAUGGUGAGCUGUGGAUGAUCCUUGUGGAGCCCAAGGGCGGAGGAAGGCCGAUUCUGCGGGGGAUCCUUGUGACCUGCGUGGACGAUCUACUCUACAUGGGACAGAGGGAGCUCAUUGUUCAGGUCCACGAGAAGAUCAGUUCGAUUUGGCCAUGCUCAGCCCUUGAGUUUGCCGAUGAGGGCCUCAGGUAUUUGGGGAUGGAACUGGUUCAGGAGGAGGCCUACGUGACGUUGUCCCAAGAGUCCUACGUGGACAACCUGGUGAGGUUGCAUGGCUUGGACCCUCAGUCCUCUGCGGGACUGCCUUGCCCCAAGGAAUGGCUACAGGACGAAGACUUCGAUGACAGCAUUGAGAACUUCAAUGACGACGAACUCAGACGCGCACAGCGCGUCACAGGCGAAUGCCUGUGGCUGGCCUAUCGUACUCGUCCUGAUAUCCUGUUCGUCACGAAUUACAUGGCUGCAAUGACCUCUAAGAAGCCGGUGAAAGUCUACCAUGUGGGUCUCAAGGUGAUCGCCUACCUGAACUCGACGGCAGCGCUGAAGCUGAAGAUCGCCGUCUUGGAGGGUGUGAAGCUAGGAUGCCUACUGUUGGUGAUGCUUGCAAUUCAGUCUUUGGCAGCAGCCGCGGAGGCCCCACCUGAAGAACAGCCCGUGAAGCUCAAGGACCCCUUACCAAUGACGGGAACCAGUGAACUCCUGUUGUUGGUGGUGAUGACGUGUAUCGCUGCAGUGGCGGUUUGGGAGCUUAUGAAGUGGGCGUAUGCUAUGUUUGUGCCGAUGAUAUUUGGUACAAAGAAGUCACGAAGACUCAAGAAGCUCCGAGAGCUGGCCAGGGCAGCGGCGGAGGCGGAAAUUGAGAGGUGGAUCGACGAUGGAGCUCAGCAUCAGAAUGAGGACAUCCUUCAGAAUGUGAGACGUACCUUACGGGCGACGUCCUCAGAUCCAGGUCCGGCAGCGACACAGGACCGGCUACCGGAAGCGCCGCUGGAGGCUGAAAGGACACCCAGCCCUAGAGGACGGAGCCCCGUUGCAUCGAGAACAUCAGUCUUUGGAGGAACGAGACCUCCAACGCCACCUAUUCCAAGGAGCCUAGACGAAGGACUGCUAGAACGUGGCCGAGUCGUUCAUGAUGUACUGGCUUUGAUGACCACCCAGCACCUCCGCGAGGCCUUGGUUCAUGAAGGCCUUCCAGUCACAGGUCUCAAGGAAGACCUGAUCAACAGGUUGACACCGAAGCUGGGAACAGCGGAUUAUUUUCCAGCUACACUUCCAUCAACAAGGCAGCUACGCUACCUCCUUUACAUUUGGAGACACCGUGGACUGUCUGGAAGGACACAGAUCCGGUGGGCAACCGUGUCGUCCCGGACGUCGAUAUCGGCCUGGAUCGCGAACUGGAAAGAAGCCUGA